AUGGAAGAGAAUCCCCCGAGUGUCGAAAUGCCGGAAAUUCCCGUCGUGCCGAUCGAGGAAAGCGAGAAGAAAGAUUCGGACGCGGAGGUUCGUCCCCCUCCUCUGGAGCGAUGCCGCGCCCUGAGCGCCCAGCCGGGGACGAUCGUGAACCCGCGCUUUCUGCGUUCCGUGACGCAGUGGGACGAUGAAGUCGACGACGACGACGAUGUCGAAUCCCCGCGGAUGUCGACGUUCGGUUCGGACGCGGACCCGAGCGAUCGAAGGACCUCGAUGCCCGCCGUGUUCGAUUCGGAGACGGCCGUCCUCUCCGUGUUGAAAAACGCACGAGGAAAGGCGGAGGCCCGGCUCGCGGCGAAGCGUCAGGCUCGGGCGGAGGCCCGGGAGAUCCGCCUGCGGGAGUUGGAGAAGCAGCGGAAGGAGCGGAAAGAGAAGGAGAAUGGGGAGGAGGACUCCGGAGCGCCCACCACCUCCACCCCGACCCCGCCGUCGUCCGCCUCGGCCUCGGACCGGGGCCGCGGAGGGGGGGUGAGCCCGGCCGCGAGUUCUUCCGUUUUGCGACCCACCCCGAGCCGGCGGUCUUCCUCCUCCCAAGACUCUUCGUCCAACGACGACCGGGACAUCCCUCCCAACGUCAAGGAUCUCAGGGGAGAAGUGAGGGAAGUGGAGGAGAAAUUCAGGAAGGCAAUGGUGAGCAAUGCGCAGCUAGACAACGAGAAGUCGGCUCUCACGUAUCAAGUCGAGACCCUCAAGGACCAACUCUUGGACACGCAAGAAACCCUGGCCAACCUUCAGCGGGAGCAUCGAACGAGGUGUCGGGAACUGGAGCAACUGAAGCGCGUCGCAGGGAAGUUGAAGGAGGAGAAUCAGUUGCUGAGGAAGGAACUGGAAGAACGGGAGAGGUUGACUUCAGAAUUGGGUCUAGUCAUGGUUUACACCGAGGAGAUGGGAGAGGAUGGACGACCCAAGCGGGCUCUCAUCUCUCAGGAAGCCAUUCAGGUCCUGGAGGACACAGGCGAAGGACCUCUCGAUGUACGGAUCAAGAAGUUUGCAGAAGAGCGCAACGAGAUGGAGGACGAGCUUAGGCGUCUUCGUAUUGAGCUCGAGGAGGAACGGACCAAGAAUGCCAAAUUCUGCAAACUCAUGUCUUCCACACCUCAAAUGAACGGGCCUGGAGGGCCUACUAGCACCGAUGAAUGGAUUGAUGCCCAAAAGGAAAACACACGUCUGGUAGCAGAAUACAAGGUGCGGGUCCAGAGGUCCGAGCAGGAGAUUGCCACGUUGCAGGCCAAUGUGGCGAGACUGGACAGCCAGGCCCAGAGGUACAAAUCGGCUGCAGACACGGCCGAGCGCAACGAGGAGGAACUCAAGUUGGAGAAGAGGAAACUCCUUCGAGAGGUGAGCUCGGGCUCUGUGCCCUUGCUUUUGUCCCCCUCAUUGGCUCUUUCUUUCUCUCUUCUUUUCCACCAUCGCAUCGACUCUUACCGGCUCGUGGUGCUCUCUCGUUUGUCACUCCAGCUGAGAGAACUCCAGUCCAAAGUGGACGACUUGGAAACGUCACGAACGUUCCUGCAGCGCCAAUGCGAACGGCUCAAGCGCAAGCCGUAUGCUCCUCUCUAUCUCACCCUUCCCCUCCUUGUCAUCUGCUUGCCUCCCACCACCUCACCCAUCUUUGUCCCUCUCCUGCUUGACACUUUGAGGGAGGCCCAGACGAAGCUGGAGGAGUACGAGACGGCCAAUCUGCACCUACAGAAGAGACUGGAUAAGCUGAAAAAUGCAAGAUCCACACUCCUCAAGGAACUCUCUUCAACCCCAGAGGAUGGCUAAAGGAGGAGGAGAGAAGAGAAUGGACCACACGCACCAACACACACCUUCCCCUUCCCCUGCGUCCCCGACCCUCCAUUGUCUGUAACAGUACAUGCCGCCACUGCUCCUGUGAUACUGAUUAGAAUUGUUCUGUGCAUGAGAGAGAGAGAGAGAGAGAGAGAUUGAGAGAUUGAAUUUGCAUCUAUGAAUGCAUAGUGGAACAAGGAUUAACACAAAUGCAGUGUAAGAAAGAGAAGCAGGAGGCAGGAAUGUGCCUCGUUCAGGCAUUUAAUUCCAAAGCGUUUCAUUUACAAUUCUCCCCGCUCAACGUUCGCUUUCGUCUCCCUUGAUACCCGCUCACCCGCCUCAUUCAGAGAUGCUAUUUUUUCCUUGCCCUUGUUUGAUAAGUCUGAUAAGGACUCUUAAUCACUCGCUGUCGUGUCUCACCCGUUUCCCGCUAGACGGAACUGGAGGAUUCCAGUCGAGCUUCCAGGGAAGCGUGGUCCCUUUUUCAGUACCCUUUUUUUGUUUUGUUCCUGGAUCACAGAGAGAACAAUAUUAUUAAAAUGUGAUUAUAUGCGCA